AUGAAGGAACCAGGUGAUCAGGACACUGAUGGGGAGAAAUUAGACGGAUCAAAGAGUGAUGGAAGGCAGUCUCCGAGCUCCUCUAAAUCUGCAUCAAGAUCUGCUAUGAAAGAGGAUUACAAAUUUUUAGAAGAUGCCACAGAAGAAACAUUUACCGAAGGGAGAGAAUCACGUUUAGGCGAUGAUGAUUAUUCUAUGGAACAAUUGGAAGGAAGUUCAAGUUCAUUUCAAGAUGACUAUGUGGAGAGCAUUGGAGAAUCUCGGUAUAUGGAAACCCCAGCUCCAGACUCAGAAAGGGCAGAGGAGGAAGUUAAGAAGAAAAUAUCAGAAAACUUCUUCUAUGAUUAUGCAGAGCUGAUUUCGAUGCCUUUUGUGACUCCGGAUUCAAACAUACCACUGGAUCUUCUCACACUUGUUCAUUCCUUUGGUUAUGACUGUAGAAAGCGGGCCAACCUAAAACUUCUGGACAGCAGUACUGUGAUGUACAUAGCUGGGAACCAGCUGAUCCUUUUGAAUUUGAAAACCAAGGAACAGAUCUACCUGCGAAGUAGCAGCGGUAGAGGAAUUGGUGUUAUUGGGGUUCAUCCUGAUAAAACUUACUUCACUGUCGCUGAAAAAGGAGUUUUCCCAAAGAUUAUCAUCUAUGAAUAUCCUUCUUUGAGGCCCUACAGAAUCCUUCAAGAUGGGACUGAGCUGGCUUAUGCUUACGUGGAUUUUAACUACAAUGGUACCUUGCUAGCCUCUGUUGGCAGCAGCCCUGAUCACACGCUGACCAUCUGGAACUGGAAAGAAGAACAGCCCAUACUGAGGACAAAAGCUUUUUCCCAGGAAGUUUUUAAGGUUACUUUCAAUCCUGAAGAUGAUGAGCAGCUGACUACAUCGGGAUCAGGCCAUAUCAAGUUCUGGGAAAUGGCUCUAACAUUCACUGGUCUCAAGCUUCAGGGUUCAUUGGGUCGAUUUGGCAAAACAGCCACUACUGAUAUAGAAGGUUACAUGGAGCUCCCAGAUGGGAAGGUGCUCUCAGGGUCAGAGUGGGGCAACAUGCUGGUGUGGGAAGGCGGCCUCAUCAAAGUUGAGCUCUGUCGAGCUGCAAGAAAGUCUUGUCAUCAGGGUCCCAUUAACCAGAUAGUGCUGGACGAGGGUGAAGUCAUCACUAUUGGGGCAGAUGGAUGUAUUAGGAUCUGGGAUUUUGAGACCAUAGAUACUGCUGACACUAUAGACGAGACUGGAUUGUUAGAGAUCGAGCCCAUUAAUGAGCUUCAAGUAGGCAAGAAUGUCAAACUCUUCUCUAUGAUAAAGAUGAGCGACAUGGGAAAUAACAUUUGGUUGGCUCAAGAUGCCAAUGGAGCCAUAUGGAAGCUUGACCUUAGUUUUUCAAAUAUUGUAAGUUGCCUAUUUUUCUUUUUUCCUAAUUCUUAUAAUAACAAUCUGAGGUAUCUCCUAGCAAAAUCCACCAGAGAAUGCUCUGUUCGAAUCUAUGAUUUUGCUGGCAAAACUCCUUUGGCUCAGAUGAGAUUCAAACAAGGAGGUACUGCCCUCACCUGGGUACCCCGACUGGUAAGCUACACUGGAGCACAGAUUAUCGUAGGAUUCGAAGAUGGAGUUGUUCGAAUUCUUGAACUUUAUGAUCCAAAAGGGCUCACAGUUUUUGCAGGACGGAAGAAAAUUUCAGAUGCAGAUAUUAAUUUGAAACAGGUUUUCAAGCCCCAUACUGCUCGUGUCACUGCCUUAGCUUAUGAACGUGAUGGAGAAAUUCUAGCUACAGGGAGUAGAGAUCAAACCGUCUUCUUCUUUGAGGUAGAAAAGGAUUAUAAGCCAAUCGGUUAUAUUACUACUCCUGGACCUGUUUGCCAGUUAGUAUGGUCUUCAGUUUCCCAUCCUGAAAGUACUUUACUGAUUUUCUGUGAGAAUGGCUAUGUUCUUGAAACUCCAUUUCCAACUAUAAAGGAGGAAGAAGAUCAUGAUGCAGUUUCCUAUGAAAUCAAAGACAUGCACAUAAAAUGUUUUCAUUUCUCAAGUGUCAAAUCUAAGAUCCUGAGAUUAAUAGAAAUAGAAAAGAGAAAGAAACAAAAGGAGUUGAAGGAGAAGGAGAAGGAAGAAAGGAGGAAGCAGCUAGCAGCAGAGAUGAAAGAAGAUGGAGAAAAGGAAUUCCAGGUGGAGGAGGAGGAGGAAAGAGAGGAAGAGGAGCCAUUACCCGAAAUCUUUAUUCCAUCAACCCCCUGUCGCAUACUCUGUGGAUUUUACUCUGAGCCAGGGAAGUUCUGGGUUUCUUUGGGUGGCUAUGAUUCUGGUUUUCUAUAUCACUGUGAGUUCCCCCCAUAUGAGAAAAGUAUCAAUGGCACAGAAAAGAAGGAUGAACCUUUUGAUUUUCGUUUUCUUGAAGAUACAGAGGAUAAUCCCAUCCAUACUAUCACUUUCAGCAUUAACCAAGAUCUCAUGUUCUGUGGAAUGCAAAAUGGAGCAAUUCGAGUCUAUAUCCUAAGUCAGAAUAAUCCUUCAUUGACAAAUAUGGUGGACUACUGGCAUUUCAAUCUGCAUGACAAUAAUUAUGGAUGUGUCAAAGGCAUAUCUACUAGUUUUGAUGACCGUUUCUUGGUGACCGCUGGAGCAGAUAGUAAUAUCUUUGUUUUCACCAUUUUUUCUGAAUUUGAACUAAUGAAAGCCAUUAAAGCCAAAGUGCCAUCUCCAAGGUUUGGAAUUGAAGCAGAGCCAAUUCCAGAAGAUAUUGAAGAUCCCAAAGCCUAUAGUAUUGAGAAUGCUAGAAGAAAAAGAGAACAUGAUAAGCUAAUGAAAGAAGUGGAAGAAAUAAAAGCUGGGAAGAGAGAAAAACUCAAAGCUUUGAGGAAUGAAUUUCAGCAACUUCUGGAAAUGAAUAAAGAAUUACCAAAGCAUAUGCAGUUUAAGCGAACAGAUUUUGAUCUAGAUUCCAAAAUUCGUGCUGAGAUUGGCAGAAAAACAGCUCAUAAGAUUCAACAAGUGGAAAAAGAAUUAGCAUGGGAAAAAGAGAAACAUCAACUUGGCCUCAUGAAGCUACAGAACAGAUUUCGUGAUUCAUUGGAAAGUGAUACAAUUGUGGUUCACGCCAUACAAAGUGAUCACAAGAUAUCCUCCUAUAGGCUUGUGAAGCCCUCUAAGUACUCCAAGUCCAAACGACCAAGUCAAUCAGAAAGAAGAACAAGCAAAUUGGAGAGAUUUGAAAAAGAGGGAGCUGGAAGAAAGGAUAGCCAGAAAGAUACAGGUGAGAGUAUUAAUGUACCAGAAGAAUCAAUUAUAGACAAAGGGAAGAAAUUUCGGCCUAAAACCCUAAGUGAAAUUAUGGUGGAAAAUCAAAUUGAGAAAACGAGGAAACUUAUAUUAAAAGCUGAAAGGGCCCAAUUUAAGAUUCAGCAGCGAAGAAAGGAAUGGGAGGAACUGUACAAGAGUAAACCUCAGGAUGACUAUGAAGAUCCCAAAGAUGUUCAAGCCAUCAAAGAGGCCCAGUUGUAUAUGGGAGACUUCAAUCUGAAGACAGCCCCAGACUACAAAAUACCUGAGCACAUGAGAGUAAAUGCUGCCAAGAAGGAAGAGGAGCUGGGACAUCUAGACUCCAUGGCCCAUUCAAAGAAAAUGCACAUGAACAAAUGCAUCCUCUCUCUUCGAGAUCUUAAAGUGGCUGUUAUUGAGGAAAUACAGUGCCUGGUGCAAGAACUGAAGAGCAUUCAGUCAACUCUUCACAUAUCCAAGCACAUCCCUAUUCCUGAAAUCCCUCAGAUACACCCAGAAGAAGUUCCAGAAAAGAGAUUUCACUAUGAUGAGGAAAUUCUCCUAAAUUUUAAGCAAAAGAAUAUGACGAUUCAGGAUGAAAAGCCCUCUGAACUGGAACAGAGACGGUCUACAGGCGCAGGUGGAGGAUUUCUCAAACUCUCUUCUGGAAAGGAUGGUGAUUUGACAACAAGAGAUUCAUUGUCUAGAUCAUCAAGGGCAUUAGCACUAAUUGUAGAUACUCCAAAGUUAAUGGAAUUUGAAAAAGCAGAUCCAAUUGAUCUAGAGCUGGAGAUUAUGAAGAGAGACGAGAUUAAGCAUGUGUACAUGCAAGAGUAUUUGACCAACAGGAUCAAAGAACUGAUUGUCACCUUUGACGCAGAGCUUCGUCUUCUGAGGCAUCAGAAACUGAAACUAGAUAUUCAGAUGAAAUUAUCUGACCUUCACCAUGUCACAUUAUUUCAAGAAAUGCUUCUCCUCAAGAAUUUUGAAAAACAGGAGAACAUACUUCAAGAGCGUGUUAAUUCAUUAGACAAAGAAGAACAGGAUAUGCAAUGGAAAAUAAAUGAAACUCUUAAAGAGAUGGAAGAGAAAAAGAAUGAAAUCACCAAGCUCCAGGACCAAGAAAAAGCACUCUAUGCUGGUUUCCAAGCAGCUCUUGGAGAAAACAAUAAAUUUACUAAUUUUCUCAUGAAAGUCCUGAAGAAGAGGAUUAAGCGGGUGAAGAAAAAGGAGGUUGAAGGAGAUGCCGAUGAAGAAGAAGAUAGUGAUGAAUCAAGUGAAGAAGAAUCCAGCCUAGAGAGUGAUGAAGAUGAGUCUGGAUCUGAUGAUGAGGUUUUUGAUGAUUCUAUUUGCCCAACAAAUUGUGAUGUGGGUCUUUUUGAACUGGCCCUUCAACUUCGAGAGAAAAGGCUGGACAUCGAGGAGUCCUUAGUUGAAGAAAAGAAAAUUAUCGAUAACCUCAAAAAGGAAUAUGACACACUAUCCAAAAAAGUAAAAAUUGUGGCAACUAAUCUGAAUGCAGCGGAGGAGGCCCUGGAAGCUUACCAACGAGAGAAGCAGCAGCGUCUGAAUGAACUGCUCGUUGUGGUUCCCCUCAAGCUCCACCAGAUAGAGCAUAUAGUGUUUGGAGAAAUACCUAAUGAUCUUUCUGGAACCUUGGUCUUUUCUAACCAUUCCUUGGGACGGCUGCAAGAGCGAAUCAGACAGCUUCAUGAGGAAAAUUCCAAGCAGCAAAAACUCAACAAAGAAUGCCGGGAGAGGCGUAAACAGCUUAUCCGAGAAAAGAGAGAGAUGGCAAAAACUAUAAGCAAAAUGGAAGAAAUGGUCCGUCAGCUAAUGAUCAGCAAGUUUGGCCGUGUGAUAGACCUAGAAGCCCUUCAGACACUUUCUGUGAAUACAACGCUUGAAGAGCUAAAGAUCAAAAAACUUCGAAAGGAGCUAUCAAAUGCAAAGGAAAUGAAGAUGUGGGAGGAAAAGAUUGCUCAAGUACGAUGGGAGCUGAUGAUGAAGACAAAGGAACACACCAAAAAGCUUCAUCAGAUGAAUGAUUUAUGUACCGAAAAGAAGAAACUUGAUUCUCGAUUGAAUACACUACAGAACCAGCAGGGCAAUGCCUUCCAGGGCCCUCGGAAAGCAGACAUUGUGGCGAGAAAGAAGGUCACUGAACUGAUCCAAGUCCAGGCAGAAAGGAUCUUGGCCUUAAAGGAAGAGAUCGCUCUUUUGCGUAAGAAAGGUGGUCUUAUCCUCCCACCCAUUCAGCCUCCACAAGAGAAGGAGAUGAAGCCCAUGGGCCUUUGA